AUCAUCAUCAUCAUCAUCAUCAUCAUCAUCAUCCUCUCGCUGUCGUGAAUAUAGCGAAAAAACCGCUCGAAUCUAGCAGAGAAUGAGCGUACGGCUGAAUAACUAAACCUCAUCGGAGUGAAUGUCACUUUGGCGCAAAGUAUAGUGACGCACGAGCGAGCGCGCGCAUUUAUAUGUCGUAUAUGUGUGUAUGCGUUGCGCACCCGUGCGUAUAUACCUAAUAUCUCUACCUAUCUAUUUAUCUAUUUAUCUAUCUAUCCUACCUACAUAUAUAACGUAUUGCGCGCGCAUAUGUAUUUACGUGCAACAAUCCUAUGUUCCUCCAUGUAUAUGUACGUGCAUAGUAAAUCGUCAUGUAUACCCCGGUACGACGACGCGAUGAAUUUGUGAGGUUAGAUUUUAAGCUUACGUCUGUGAUACGUCUAUUUCCUUCGAAACGUGAAAAGUGAGAUCUUACCUUAUCAAAAGGAUUACAAAAACGUAAGUUAGUCGAGAAGAAAGGAAGAUAUAUAGAAAGCGAAGUGAGAGGACAAUGCAUCGUGUAUUCCUCUUUUAUAUUCAUAGAGAGACUACAUACAUCGCACAUUUUUCCUUCUUUCUAAAGCAUUACAUUUACCCGUGACACAAUGUUUUUAAAUUGCUUUUAAUCGUAAUUGCUUUGUCGUUAUGUCGGAUUUUCUUUAUCAAAUUAAUUCUAUUUUCAUCGUGUACCUUAUCGAAGUUUUUCUGUGGUAUUCGUGGUGAGAUGCUACCGAUCCUAUCGAGACGAUGUUCUUAUGUCUGAUAUCCUCCCCUAUGUGAUUUGCGAUGAAACGCGUUCGCGGGCUGGACGAGGUAGCGUCACCAGCAGCAACGUUAAAACCCUCGUCGGUGAGCGGAGGAAGUGGUCUAAGCGGCGGUGGAGGUUUAGAGUAUCACUCGAGCAGCGGAAUAGGCGUUGUUGUACCUGGUCAAGCUGUUCGAUCUGUUACUUCGAAGGAAAUGCCUGGAAGUAUACAAUUUGGUACUGCCCAAGCUCAACAGCAGUAUACUGGUGCGAUCGUUGUACCAACGGCUACACCAUCCCCUAUUAAAGGAACUGGAUCUACAGGAGGGCUUAAUUCUACAUGUAGCGGUACUAAUGUAAAUACUGGUGGUGGGUUGCACAGUGGAAUAAGUGGUGGAAGCAAUCACAAUAUGGGUUCUCAACAACCUACUACAGGAUCGCAGACACAAGUUCAUACGCAACAGCAGGCAGCAAUAAGGCACAAGGUACAUUCAAGCAAUGUAGCGCCAUUGACAUCUACACCUCCAGGUCCUGGAUUAGGCAGUGGGAGUGGAUCUCAACAAUUUCAAAGAUUAAAAGUUGAAGAUGCGUUAUCUUACUUGGAUCAAGUGAAGUACAAAUUCAGCGAUCAACCACAGGUUUAUAAUGAUUUCUUGGAUAUCAUGAAAGAAUUCAAAUCCCAGAGUAUUGAUACCCCAGGUGUUAUUACACGAGUGAGCCAUUUAUUUAAGGGACACCCUGAACUCAUUGUUGGUUUCAAUACUUUUCUACCACCAGGCUACAAAAUAGAGGUACAAGCAAAUGAGCAAGGGUAUGCAUUCCAAGUAUCAGUUAGUAUGCCUAGUCCGACUGCUACUCAUACAGCAACGUUAUCGCAACAUCAUUGUACGGUGAAUGUUGGUUCACCACCCGUAGCAAGUCCACCAACACAACCAGCAAAAGCACCACCAGUUUUGCAAAUAAUGCAAGGAUCUGGAAGCAUACAUCACGCUUUAACAAAUAAUAUUUCUAACAGUAGUAUAACGGUUCAUGCACCAUCACCACCACCUAUUCAAGCCUACAACAAUUCUCAUGUUAGUGCUGCACAAGCUCAGGCAGUAAGUCAAGCUCUUAGUCAAGCUCAAGAUGGUAUUCCAACUAGUGGUCAAACGCAACAAAGUCAACCUGUGGAAUUUAAUCAUGCUAUUAACUAUGUUAAUAAAAUAAAGAAUCGUUUUCAAGGGCAACCAGACAAAUAUAAACGGUUCUUAGAGAUACUACAUACUUAUCAAAAAGAACAACGUAAUUUGAAAGAAUCAGGACAUAUAAGUGGUACAAGUGGUGGUAGCGCUGCUAGUAACGUGAAACAUUUAACAGAAGCUGAGGUUUAUAGUCAGGUGGCUAAAUUGUUUGAAAAUCAAGAAGAUUUACUUGCUGAAUUUGGUCAAUUCUUACCAGAUGCAACUAAUCAGCAGAGUUCGUUGGUGAGUCCUGUGAUCGAAAGAUGCAUAUUAAAUAUUUCUGCUAUGUUUCAGAGUAACAAGACUACUCCAGUAAAUGAUCAUACAGCAAUAAUAAAGAAACCAUUGAGUCUUAAAGCGACUUAUAACAACUCUGCUAAUGUUUCGCGAGAUCUUCGGGAAUCAAGUGGCACUUGUAUAUUGGAGCGUGAUAGCAGAGAUCACAGAGAUCGUGAUCGUGAGAGGGAUAGGCCAGGUGUUCGAGAAAUCAGUACUGGUCAAAAAUUGGGUCACAGUACAGGACAGUUAAAAAGAAGUCCAUCAUUCUCUACUUCUGUUACUGGUGGCAAUUCUCAUAUUCAACAUGGACCACCUCCAUUAAAAAAACACAAAGUGACAUCGAUGCGAGAUGUUACUAUAGCAGAAGCUGGAAAAUAUGGUACAUUGAAUGACUAUGCAUUUUUUGAUAAGGUUCGUAAGGCUUUAAAGUCACAAGAAGUUUAUGAAAAUUUCCUUCGGUGUCUUGUACUUUUUAAUCAGGAAAUUGUUUCUAAAUCAGAAUUGGUACAAUUAGUAACACCGUUUCUCGGUCGUUUUCCGGAACUUUUACGUUGGUUUAAAGAUUUUCUCGGCCAUUUAUCUGAUUCUUCCAAUACGUCAGCAAAUAAUACGGGAAGUGGUGUAGGAGUCGAAGCACUUCCAAAUAAUGUAGCACGUGGUCACCAAGAACGACCUCAGGGUGAUUUGGCAAUGGAAAUUGAUUAUACAGCAUGUAAGCGAUUAGGAGCUUCAUAUUGUGCUUUACCUAAGUCUUACGUACAACCAAAAUGUACUGGUAGAACUCAAUUGUGCAAAGAGGUUUUAAACGAUACAUGGGUAUCAUUCCCAACUUGGUCAGAGGAUAGUACAUUCGUUACAUCGAGAAAAACACAAUAUGAGGAAUUUAUUUAUCGUUGUGAAGAUGAACGAUUUGAGUUGGAUGGUGUGAUAGAAACUAAUGCGUCGACUAUUAGAGUAUUAGAAGGUGUUCAUAAAAAAAUGAAUAGAAUGAGCCAAGAAGAACUUCAAAAAUUUAAACUCGAUGAUUGUCUUGGAGGUUGUUCUCCCACGAUACAUCAACGAGCAUUAAAAAGGAUAUACGGAGAUAAAGCUGCUGAUAUUAUAGAAGGUCUUAAAAAAAAUCCUGUAGUUGCAGUUCCAGUCGUUUUACGACGUUUAAAGAGUAAAGAAGAGGAAUGGCGAGAAGCUCAGAAAGGUUUUAAUAAAAUUUGGAGAGAACAAAAUGAGAAGUACUAUCUGAAAUCUUUAGAUCACCAAGGUAUUAAUUUUAAACAAAAUGAUGUGAAAGCUUUAAGAUCCAAAAGUCUAUUCAAUGAAAUUGAAACUUUAUAUGAUGAGAGACAUGAACAGGUAGAUGAUGGAAGUGGUGAUAAUCAAGGAAAUAGUGGUCCACAUUUAGUGUUACCUUAUAAAGACAAAUCUGUCUUAGAUGAUGCAGCAAAUUUAUUGAUACAUCAUGUAAAACGACAAACUGCUAUUCAUAAAGAAGAUAAGCAGCGUAUAAAGCUUUUACUUAAGCAUUUUAUACCAGAUCUCUUUUUUCACCCACGCCAAGAGCUUAGCGAUGAUGAGAGAGAUGAAGAUGAUGACAAAGAGGAUGUGGGUGUGGCAGCAUGUAGUAAUUCGCAAUCUGUAACCAUGUCUACAUCGCCACAUGGCGGUCUUCAAGCAAACAGGAGUAAGGCCCCACCUUCCCCAGUCCUGUCUUCCACUUCAGUUAAAGUCGAACCUGAUAUCAAAAUACCUAUGCAUGCCCUGUCAAAUGAUCCUGAAGAGGCAUACACUCUUUUCAUGGGCAGUAAUAAUUGGUACCUCUUUUUGAGGUUACAUCACAUCCUCUGUGAAAGAUUAACUAAGAUGUAUGAGAGAGCGGUAGCCCUUGCAGAAGAAGAGUCUAGAUACAAACAGCAACGUAAGGAGAGUACUGCAGUGGCUCUCAGGUUAAAACCAAAAAAUGAAAUAGAAAUUGAGGAUUAUUAUCCUGCCUUUUUGGAUAUGGUGAAAAACGUUUUGGAUGGAAAUAUGGAGAGUACAGCGUAUGAAGAUACAUUGCGUGAAAUGUUUGGUAUACAUGCAUAUAUUGCCUUUACUUUGGACAAGGUUGUGACAUAUGCUGUGAGACAAUUGCAGCAUUUAGUGUCUGAUCCUAUAUGCCAGCAAUGUAUGGAGCUAUUUCAAAGAGAACAACGUCAGCCAAAAGAAAGUAGUGGAGCUGGUGGAUUAUGCAUUACAGCUUAUAUGAGGCUUGGUGCAGAGCUUUCAUAUCAGCGUAAGGCAGAAAAAGCAAUGGCUGAUGAAAAUUGCUUUAAAAUAUAUAUAUAUAAAAAGGAUUGUAAAAUGACAAUGGAACUGUUGGAUACAGAGGGUGAUGAAGCAAUGGACAGUGGUUGUAGAGAGAGAGAAAGAGAAGGAGUUAUGGUAUCUGAGAAAUGGUCAACAUAUGUGGAGAGGUUCUCUGCUCCGCCUGUUCAAACUAGCCCGAAAGACACUUCUGCUGUGGUAGACAAUGAGCCAACGACCAAUCAUCCUGUGAGUAGUGACCAGGCAGCAAGGGGGGUUCGGGGCAGAAAGCGCAAGAACACUGACAUUAGCAAGAAGAUGGAUGGACAUGGUUGGAAUUCUUUAAGCAGAAUCUUGGCAGGACGGAAACCAGUGUUUUUGUAUCGUAAUGUCAGGCAAUGGCGUAAGAGAGCUGCGAAGUUGAUGAGGGCAUCUAUGCCUAAUAUCAAUCAUCCAGAAAAAGCUUCGGAAGCAUCCAAUAAAGAUAAAGCAUUGGAUAGUGUCAGUGCACUUUUAAAAAGACCGUCAGGUUUAAGGUUGACGGAUACUAACGACACAUCUGAAAUUAUUGCCGCUGAUGAAACACAAUGCCGCUUCAAUCCAAAUAGUUAUCAGAUGCUUUAUGUUGCUAGUAAAGAGGCCUUCCUUUAUAAACAGAAUUCUUUUAGCCGAGCUAGAGAGUGUCAUCCAGCAGUGACAAAACAUUUAAAUUCGAAAUUUCAUCAAUGGCUUUCAUCGUGGGCAUCUAAGAAUGUUGCAGAUGUUCAACAUCGAUUGUGUCAAGAUUGGUUAAUGGGACGAUAUGAGAACUUGAUCCCUCAUAGAACACGUGUCAUUACGGACAAUGAUCAAACGAGAUCACCAUAUCGACAGUACAAUCGGUAUCGCGUUGAACGUUUACAAUCGGAUGUCCUUACAGAACCAUGUGUGUAACUUCAUUAUUUCUCCGUUUCCUUUGCGAUUAUUUGUUAUUUUAACACGACUAAAAUAGACAACAUUCAUUCAUAUUAAUUUGAUAUCAAUGUACAUUAUGUUCUAUUACCGAAUGAUUAAGCGAAUUGAUACAUUUAAUUCUGUGUAUUGUAUAUGGAUCUCGAAAUAUCUUUGGCUUCGCCUUUAUGUAUCCAGCCAAAUAUUUUUAUUUUCGCUAUGAAAACUAUAUUCAAUAUCAGUUAUGGGAACUUUUCUUCGAUUAUUGUAUGAAAAUAUAACGAAGGAUGUAUUUAACUGAUUAUUGAUUUUGUUCCAUGUAUUAUAAUUUACCAGCUUUAACAUUUGUCAUAGAUUUAUGUCUUUUUGUUUUCUUUUUUCUACACGUGUUAUAUCUAAUUAGAAAUAUCACAUAUUGCCAUCAUCUGUAUACAUCAUUUAUUUCAAAAUAAUAUUCUAAUAUUUUAUUAUUAACGAAAGCAGCCUGGAAUGACAAAAUAAUCUUCAGUGUGUAUGUUCUAUGUCAAAACCUAUGAAAGAGUUGGCAAGUUGAUAUAAACAGAUUUAUAUAAGAUAAUUUAAUAAGACCCUUUAAAACAUUCUAAUGAUUUCAAUUUUCGGAUACUUUUUUUCAAAUGUAUUGUGAAAGCAUUAUGCUUAAAUGAAUUUUGAUCGAUCAAAUUAAAUAAUUUUGUAUUCAUUUUAUAUAUCAUAGUUUGUUUACAAUGUUUUUGUUUUUCGCGAUGGUCUUCACCAUAGCAUAAAAUUUCUCAAAGAAAAAAAGUUUACGAAUAAUUAAAUUCUUUGAAAUUCACUGAAAGAAACGUAUUAAGAAUAUAAGUAAAUAUCCUUCGUUAUAUUUUAUAUGUCUAAAGGCUCUAUAAAUAUUUUCUUUAAUAUUUCCAACAACAUACUUUCCUUCUCUCUUUUCCUUGUCAAUUUUUUCCUUUUUUUUAAGACAUACAGAUGGACCUAAUUUGGCUAACUGUACCAUAUAUGUACAUAUUUGUACAUAUGUGUAUACGCAGGAUAUCUCAGACGCGAUUAAAUAUCGUUAUAUUCUUGUAUAAUAUGCCCGAAUACUAUUCUAUAAAUUUUCACACAAAACGUUACAUUAUAUUUGAAUGCGAGAAGAGUUUCAUAACAGUGCAAUGAAUCCAUCGUUACAGGAGUAUGAAUCUUCUUUAACUCUCAAUGAUAAGUUUACGAAUGAAAUAGAAGAAUGAA